AUGGAUCGCCACGUCCCGAAUACCUGGUGGCACCGAAACCACCUCGAGGUUAGGAAAUACCCCGACUUCGCGACCAAGAAACAAUUAAUCUAUCGUGUCUUCCGUGCCGCGUACCCGCAUGGCGCAUUCGUAGACGACAACCUCGCACUCGUAGAACUCCGCGACAAAGACACAAUCUGGGCGAACAUAUCCGCACAAUUCGACGCAGCAGCCCGAGAUCUCGAGCCCUUUCUCGCGGAACUAUUCCGCUACGAGCCAUUCUCAAGUCCGUCGCAACAACGCCUGGUACGCGAAUACUACCACACGCUCCUAGGAGAAGCCAAGUACGCCGUGCAUAUCUCGCAAAACGGGCGUUACUUCGAGUUUCGCGCUAUGGAGGAACUACUAGUGCGAUAUCGAAAGUCCAACCCCGGCACCUGGGCGAGUGAAACUCCGGACCCGAGGGAGGGUAUGCCGGUUGUGGGGGGUUUCUGGUCUGUCAGGGAACAGCUGGAGGCGAGAAAGGGGUCGGAUUUGAGGACGUUGCAGUUACGACUUCAGUACGAUGCUGCGGCUCGUUAA